UAGUGGCCGUAGUCGUCGGGCGUCGGGUCCGAGGUCUGAGUGUCGUUCUCCGCGAUUUCUCAACAAAAGAUCCCGCCGUUCGUCUAUCAGCCGCGUUUUUAUCGACUUGCACCGCGUUCGACUAACAAGUCGAGGUUGUUUUCGGCAGACCUGUUUUAACAAAUCGCCAAGACGAAGCUCAAAAUGCCACUGGGCAAUCACGCUGCCCUUACACCCCUGGAGGAUAUGUCAGCUGGUCGGGGGCAGGCAGGUGGGGGGCCUCCACCGAAUUGUCAAAAAGUUUUUAUACAACGUGACUACAGCGAAGGCACUAUGGUUAAGUUUCAAACACAAUUUCCCACGGAACUCGAAAGCAGACUGGACAGACAGUCGUUCGAGUUCACGAUCAAGCAGUUGAACAACUACUUCGCCGAAGCAGAACGAGCUACUUGUUCCACGUAUUGCGAAGGCUGCCUGGCUUGUCUCACUGGUUAUCUAAUUUACAUAUGUACAGAGACUCAUUACGAGAAGUGUUUAAGAAAAGUGGCAAAGUUCGUUAGUGAACAAAAUGACAGAGUCUACAAGCCGCGCGGGCUUUUACUAACGGAUCCGACAAUGCGCGGCCUUAGGCUAAUAGAAAUUUCGGUACUGGACAGACCUGCGUCGUGACUGCAAAUUAGCCGAUCCAGGGAAUUCUUCAUGUGACUACGCGCACUUUUGCUACAUUUUUGGGAUUGCUGAACCCACGUGAGAGCCGAUGAGUGUCUCUGGACGUAACAUUUCGUUCAGGUUCCGAUCCUAUCUUAUCGUUUUUUGUUUGUGCAACGUGAAUGGUUCGGUAAACAUACACGCGACUAUACUUUUGCCAAACACCCUUCGUCGACUUCGAUCGCGCGAGCAACACUCGCCUCGACUCUCUCGUGUUCCGGCGCUAACUUUGUUUCGCCAUCUUGGAGCACACGCAAUGUUCGAAGUACACAGGGUUUGCCAGCGAAAACGAGAAUUACGUAGUUAAUUUUUCUUUGCAUGUACGUUCAUCGAUCAACGAAAACGAUUGUAUCCAGUGUUCAAAUUGAGAUUGAUCGAAACGCGAACGUGCAUUGUAUAAUUUCAAUUUUAUAUGCGUACAACAAUGUACCAGUGUAAGCGACCGAUGCAAACAAGCCAGAUGCGUAUACUCGUUUUGCCUAACGAACGCGUACGAUUAGAAACGCACGAGUCUCGUAUUCGCAUCAGGUUUGUUUGCGCGUCGAUUAAUAUUUAAGCAGUUUUUUUACCGUUCUCUCGAACAUUUUAUUCGUUAUUCGCAUUUAUAUAACGAAAGCGACGGUGCGCGAAUCACAUCCGAAUUUGAUUCCCGGUUCGCAGGCUCGGAGCCGAGUCUCGGAACUGAUUCAACGAACAACGUCAAGUACUGAAAAACGUUUAUUCGCCUCGCUGCAAGUUUCGAAAACGCUUCAUUGAACUUCGUUCCAGCUUCUCUUCCGCGUUGGUAUCUUCCGCGAUGCUUCUGUUCCGUGAAUUAUAUUACUCUCGUCAUACCUGUGAAACACACCUACGCGCGACACCAGCCCAGGGAUACGUUCGCCGUGGAUGGAACGCUUCUUCGGAACAAAUCAUUCUGAUUCGAUCGAAAUUGACGGCACAAGUAUUUGCGCUAAGGAUUCUCCGUUGGAUUGGCUAACGAAAAAAGGAAAAACAACAACAGGAAAAGAACGUUGAAACCCGAUAUGGAAAUAGGUGAUCGACUAAUUAGAUUAUAAUUGUAUCGAAUCGAUGCGACGGUGCGAGCAUCGUGAUCAAGGACGGAGAAGUCCGAUUCACCGAUCCAAUGGUGCCGGUUGCAUGUACGUACAUAACUGUACCGUGUGUCGUAUGCGUGAUACGUAAUAUAUUAUAUGUAAAUCGUUUUGUUUUUUUAUAUUUUUCUACGAAGUACGCGCGAGGCCCGGGAUUUAUAUUUUCUCGCCUGCUCACCUUUCUCUUGACGGAUCCUUCCCUCUGGUUUGAUGCGUUUAACGGGACUCGGUGAAUGAUCUCAAACGAAAAGCCACGAAACAUUUUAUCGUUGUUGUAACCACGACUGACGAGAGUGAGAGACGUUUCGACGGCUGUUUCAGUGUCCAGAUAUACUUACCGCAACGACGAAAGCGAACAUUCAGUUUCUUUUUUAUUCGUAUACAGGAUACGCUCGGCCUCGUCCUUGGUCACGACGAUUAUAAAUGGAGCCUGCUCUAUGUAAUUGUGCGACAAGGUGAAUGAAUCUUGCGAAAUAGCCGCGCCACUGCCUCGACACUUUUAUUUUUCGUUGUUUCGUUCCCGUACGAAUGAUAUUUAAACGAGGAGCUCUCUCGUUGCACGUAGAAGGUACAAUUCUUCGUCCGAUGAAACAAAUUUUGUCGAACAGUGCCGUAGUAUUAAGCGUGGUCAGGCUCUACUUUAUUCUGUUCUCUCUCUGUGCGACCGAACGUUGCGCAACGUGUAAAUAGCGAAUUACAACCGUCGACACACGGAGUAUCGGGAGAAAUGAAAAUGUUGAAGAGGAAGAAGAAAACGACAACCAAGUUCGUUAUACUUAAUUUAAUCGUAGGACCAAAACGUUUGACGAUUCGUUACUGUGUAAAGGACACCAUCGUUCGAGUGUAAUUUCUAAAUGUUUUAAUAAUAAAAUGCUGCGUAAAAUUGACGAA